AUGUCCAGCCGCACCGAAGUCUUUCAAAGGCUGAAGCCACUGUGUAUCCAGCUAAGCCAACAUGCACUUGCUCUAGCUGGCAAAAGUACAGAUAUCAAAGCUCUCAUCUCGUCUCUCGAGUACUUACUUCAGGAGCUGAAUGCCGUGCGGAAUGGUGCCGGUGACAUUGAUGCAAAGCUUGCGGAAUAUGUUUUCUUUCCUCUUUCCCACGUACUCAAAGCGAGUCGCAUUAUUCCAGGGCGUGCCCUCGAGCUUACUUUGGAAUGCUUACAUAUUUUACUCGUUACUGGAUGGGAACGCAACAUCCCAAAGGACUUAGGGAUACAGCUUCUUAUUCUACUCAGCUUUUUAGGGGAUACCUCAAAUACCACGGCUAAACUUCACGCCAGUUCUGAAGAGCUGCAGACGGUUGCUCUAAAAUCUCUGGCAGCUUUGCUUGGAAGUUUUUCUCGAUCUCCAAACGCCAAGGAUUCAUUAAUAGCAACCGAGAACAUCCUCAGCAUUGGAAACUGCAUGUCGCUGUCGCUUGAUGCUAUAGUUGUGGGUCGAUCAAGCGAUAUUCAACUCGCUGCCGCUCAAGCUGUUCUCAACUUCCUAACAGCGGUGGAACAGCAAGACGUUCUAGCAAACUUCUUACCUGGGAUAAUAUCGUCGCUUUCAAGAGUCCUGUCAUCGACCGUACAGACGAAACGAUCUUUCAAAGUACUUCAAUCUUGCCUGGAGAGCCUUGCGAACAUUCUUUUACUUGUAUUCAGUGACGUUCAUACUGCCAAUCUACCUCAAAAAUCAUCAGAUGGUCGAGGUUCUAUACUGACCCCAGCUUGGCUCAGCGCAUCGGCUGGCCAGAUUAAGCAAGCGCUUUCGAAUAUAAUCACUGUACGACAGCAUGAACGUCGAGAGGUUCGUGAUGGUCUAGCUCGACUCUGUAUCAUCGUAUUGGAAGACUGUCGCAAGUCUUUGGAAGGAUGCUCUACGAUGAUGAUGGACACUUUAGUGUCACUGAUAGAUCCAGAAACGAAUAAUGUCGCCGGGGCUUACUUGCAAAGAUUGAUUGGAUCUCACCCUGAAGCUGCGGAGCAUCUUAAAACGGUUGUCCAUGGUUGGGUUGUAUCUUUGCCUCGCUUGAUGUCUUCGCAAAACGAUAGGUCAAAGCGUGAUGUACUACAGAGAAUAUCUGCCGGUUUCAAGCUACUCCAUCAAGAAGCAAUUACUGUCGCCACCUUUGACAGCUCAUUGGCUUCAAGUCUCAGAGACAGCGUAACUGUUCUCGUCCGCGGUCAAUCGAGAACGUUUCAGGAAAGUAACCCAGACUUCCCGGAACUCAUUGGCCAAGUCACAACGACGACAACCUUAAGCGGAUCUGUAGCACAGUUCAGACCCGUUCUCGGUAGGGUUGGAGAACAGAUACAAGGAAUGUUGGAACUCAGACAGCUCCUAGCCCAGAUCGGACGAUCCGAUCCAUCCCUGGGCUUGACCUUCAACUUAUUGGAGACAGCACAUAACGCACAAGGUGAGGUGAAGUUAGCAAGUUUUUGGCUAGCAAAGGUCUUGAUCGACACAAUAUUUUCCACACCGCCGGAGAUAUCAGAUCUUCUCGAGUUCGAUGAUGAUGUUCCUCCUGCACUAAUAGAAGCGAGAGAAAACAUAUAUGCUUUGGCGGUGUCCAUUGUUACCGAGUCUAUCGGUGAAACGGAUAUGGACUGGAGAUUGAGAGCACUAGCACUUGAGACGAUCGCAUCACAAGCAAAUGACCAGGGUCCAGCCUACAGGCCUGAACUCAUCGACACAUUAUAUCCUAUCCUACAUCUAAUGGGAUCUUCCAAUGAUAGAUUACGCCAUCACGCAUUGACGUGCAUGAACAUUGUCGCGAGGGCUUGUCAAUAUAACCAAGCAAGCGAUAUGAUAGUUCAAAAUGUGGAUUACCUCGUGAACGCCGUUGGCUUAAGUCUCAACUCGUUCGAACUAUCACCGGAAGCGCCGCAAGUUCUACUUAUGAUGGUGCGCCUAUCGGGACCAUCUUUACUGCCGUACCUUGAAGAUCUCGUUUCAUCAAUGUUCUCGGCACUGGAAUCGUUUCAUGGAUAUCCUCGGCUCGUGGAACUGCUCUUCAGUGUGUUCAGAGCGAUGUCGGAGGAAGGGGUCAAGACUCAGGCUCUGAGCAUCGAUGGAAGCUGUAAGAAGGCAUCUUCAGGGAUACAAUAUAACCCACCUACGACAUUAGACAUCGUUGAGACCAUGCGAGAUCUGUGCGACCACUUGACAAGAUCACGUGAAGACGAAGAGAAGCCAGAGCCCUUUCCCCAAGGAGCCUGGAAAAAUGACAAGGAAAAUGACGAGACUGGAAUCGACGAACAGGGGGAACAGAAUCCCAGUUUGCAGAAUGAGGACGCGCAACCACCCGUCCCGAAAUCAUACAACUUGCUUCUGAAGAUUGCUAAACUUACGCAACAUUAUCUUCCAUCUUCAUCUCCGAGCCUAAGAGUUUCUCUACUUUCUCUUCUACGAACGACAUUUCCUGCCCUCGCAGCUCACGAGAACUCAUUCCUUCCUCUAAUAAACACGUUAUGGCCAGUCCUGGUUCCACGAUUACUGGAUCCCGAGGCCUUCAUAGUUGCCAGUACCUUGGAUGUGAUAGGAUUGAUGUGUCUUCACGGGGGUAAUUUCAUGAAAAGCCGCAUUGACGAUGUGUGGCCAUCAUUAAUGAGCUUGGAUCCACGGAAAGAGAUCGCCAAAAACCGAUCGCUGAGGUCGAAGGCAGGCGACUCAGACCGCGAUAUCCAACAGCUUCUCGGCAAUGUUGCAAGAGAUGAGGCAAGUAAGAUUGUGACGACUGAGCUUGAUUCUACGCUACGGCUAGGCUACGUUGAUUCCCCAUCUCGGAUGAUCUGGAAGUCUUACGUGGAUUUACUGAUAUCAAUCGUUGGCAACGUGGCUAUCGACGAUGAGAAGUACGACGAAGCGCUCGACCUCAUGCAGCCUUUACUGCAUGCCAAGAGAGACAUUCGAGAUGUUUUCGAAAGUCGAAAUCCUGAUGCUGUCUGGUUACGAUUACACUAUGCGCAAAAUCCCAGCUCAGACACCUAUCAAUCCGUCGUGCGAUGA